UUAAGCUUGUUGGAUAUGAUGGAGGGUGUUUGAGCUGUUAUUCGAGAUCGGUUAUUUGCACCUGCAGGUGGUCAUCAUCACCGUUAAACGCGUUUAUUCAGUCUUGUUAUUUAUAGCCGUCCCGUGCGAAAAACUUUAAACGAUAAUUUCAAGCAAUAUUGAAUGACGAAAACACAUCCAAAAAUGACCAGCGUUGUUUAUUUUUUAUGUUUUUAUAUCGCUUUCGCCACCUUUUAUUGGUGAGAGGAGAUUAGAUAUACUGUGACUGAUGCAUGCUUUCCUGCAGGUCAGUCUAAACAGCACAGAUAUAUGGUGAUUUAAACCCAACGCUAUGGAAUCUAAAACUGAGUGCUGCCCCUCAUCGAUGCCCAACUCGCAGUGUGAACUUCAGGUGAAUAUCUAUGAGACUAUCAGUGAAGGAAAUGUGAAUCAAUUGGAGAGUUCGGCCCUGAUUCACGCUGGCAGCGACCCAAGCUCAUACCCAUCCAAACCUCUGCUGGGUACCCGGAACAGGUUCAUCCGCAGGAGCCUUUGGUUUACGGAUAACGAUGAGCAUCAGUUGGAGGACUGCAGUCUGGAAUGUGAUGAGCACAAUAAGAUGCUUAGCAUUGACCUAAGGACCAUAGUGGACCGGAGUCUGGGGGUCAAAUCCAGCUUACAAGAAGGAUCAAGCACUGAGAGCCAAAAAGAUCAAAAAGACCCAGACAGCACCAGCGCAGAUGAGGAUAAAGAGAAAAUCAACCAAAAAACUAACUUUGUGGAUGGUGUUAAGACCACCAUCAAAACAGCCAGUGAGGAAAAUGAGGAGGAGGCUGAGAUCAAGGCUGUCGCUACCUCUCCAGGUGGACGCUUUCUCAAGUUUGACAUUGAGAUUGGUCGUGGUUCCUUCAAAACGGUCUACAAGGGCCUGGACACAGACACGUGGGUGGAGGUGGCCUGGUGUGAACUUCAGGACCGGAAGCUGUCAAAGGUGGAGAGGCAAAGGUUUAAAGAGGAGGCAGAGAUGUUAAAGGGUCUUCAGCACCCAAACAUUGUGCGCUUCUAUGACUUUUGGGAGUCUCCACUGAAGGGAAAGAAAUGCAUUGUUCUGGUGACAGAGCUCAUGACAUCAGGCACGCUAAAAACAUAUCUAAAACGCUUUAAGGUGAUGAAACCCAAAGUUUUGAGGAGCUGGUGUCGUCAGAUUCUCAAAGGCCUGCAUUUCCUUCACACACGCACACCUCCCAUCAUCCACCGAGACCUCAAGUGUGACAACAUCUUCAUUACAGGCCCCACAGGCAGCGUAAAGAUUGGAGACCUGGGUCUGGCUACGCUCAAGAGAGCCUCUUUUGCUAAGAGUGUGAUUGGUACUCCUGAGUUCAUGGCUCCAGAGAUGUACGAAGAGCAUUAUGAUGAGUCUGUGGAUGUUUACGCUUUCGGCAUGUGUAUGCUGGAGAUGGCCACUUCUGAAUAUCCUUAUUCUGAGUGCCAGAAUGCUGCUCAGAUCUAUCGAAAAGUCACCAGUGGGGUAAAACCUGCUAGUUAUAACAAGGUGAUGGAUCCUGAGGUGAAAGAGAUUAUUGGCGAGUGUAUUUGUCAGAAAAAGGAGAAUCGGUACUCCAUCAAGGACCUUUUGAACCACGCAUUUUUUGCAGAGGAUACAGGAGUUAGGGUGGAGUUAGCUGAAGAAGAUGAUGGGAGGAAGACGUCCAUUGCACUGAAGCUGUGGGUGGAGGACCCACGGAGGUUGAAGGGCAAGUACAGAGAUGGAGGCGCCAUUGAGUUCACCUUUGACCUGGAGAAGGAGGUUCCUGAGGCUGUGGCACAGGAGAUGGUUGAGUCUGGCUUCUUCCACGAGAGCGAUGCUAAGAUUGUGGGCAAGUCUAUUCGGGACAGGGUGGCUUUGAUCAAGUGGCGUAGGGAGAGGACUGUGCCUAGUGCCUCACAGUGUGGCACUGGCCAGUUAAUGCCAGAUGGGAUAAUACCCAUCCUCUGUGAACCAGCUUGUCUAGCAGAGCCUGAAGACACAGAAGCGGACCAGCAUGCCAGUGUGUGCCAACUUAGUGCCAGGACCACAUCCACCACAUCUGAUAGUGGCAUUGGCUCAACAGUGUACUCGGACUCACACAGCAGCAGUCUGCACGGUGUAAUAUAUAAAUCAUUACAAGAAUCUGUCUAUAUGGCAAACCAGGAGUCGGGUAUUUCGAGGCUCCAAAGCCAGGCAGUACCUUCUGCUGUUCCACAUGUGCAAUGCUCUCAGAGUUACCCUCCCGUUCCCUCAGAGACCUCCACACAGCCUUGCUGUAUAACCCCUAGCCAAAUUGUAAAUAUACAUGGCCUAUCCACAGCAACUGCAGUGAUGACUACCCAGAACCUCACAUUGACAAGUCAGACUCAAGAGUCAACCACACUGAUAAAUGCCCAACAUGCAUUGUCCUAUCAGCAUGCAUCUAUGCCACAGAGUGGCACUACUCAGAGUUAUCAUCUUGAAAUAGCAGAGAUAGUCAAUGCACAAACAUUUCCACCUGGCCAGAAAACUGUAGCUGCACAACAGGUUACAGCUACGGACAUUUUGCCAUCUAAAACAGAAGUAUUUCUGACUACUGAUUUCCAGAGUGGGGCAUUCAUACCACAGCAUGGCUCGUCUGCACCAGCACCAUCGCAACCUCAACAGACACCUGCAUUACCACAUUUACAGAGCAAACCUACGGAUGUGACAGAUGGGCACCUCUCGGAUGUUUCAAAUAUGCAACAAUCUGGUCCUGUACAGCUAAACCAGACAGGUGUUACAGCACUUCCCCAACAGUCAUCUCUCACUCCACUAUUACCAUCUACCAGCCUGCCAGUCUCAAGCUAUCCUGACAUCUCACAACUGCCGUGUUCACAGGGGCCCUUGUCCGUUCAGCACCAGACUGUUUAUAUUGACCAAAAUAUUUCAAAUGACUCGGAUCAUGGCCAUGCAUCUCAUAUGAUGCCACACUUCACUUCAGCUGCCCCCCAAAACUCUGCUGCACCUCAGCAGCUCACAAAACCGCAUUUCCCGCCCCUUAGACCCGUUGUAGACACAUUCUGUCCAGGAGAACAUCCGGACCAGAACCAGGUUCUUCAGCAUGCAAGCCUCGUGCCUGUGUCCGCACUUAAUGUACCACAUUCUGGUCCCAGUGCCAUCCUGAGUCAGCAAAACCAGCCUAGCAGCAGUGUUACUCAACCACUACAGCAACACGACACCAGUGAAAUUCCAAUGGCUUCUGAAGUGUCCGCUGAGGAAUUUGCUACUGAUAAACAAGCACAACCUGCUGGGUCAACGUAUGACAGUUUGAACUCAGAUGCCACAUCCGGUAAAGAGCUGAGUGAUGGGAAUGAGGGCUCAAACAGAGCUCGAAGUGAAACACGUGUCCGAAAACACCAUAGAAAAUCCUCACACACCCGAUGCCGUCAAGACAAGAACAAACCUAAACUCACCAUGAUUAAAGUGUUUGACACAGGAGACAAGAUGGUGGAGUGCCAGCUGGAGACUCAUAACCAUAAAAUGGUGACGUUUAAGUUUGACCUGGAUGGAGAUGCUCCAGAAGAAAUCGCAACCUAUAUGGUUGAGAAUGAGUUUAUUCUGUUGGUGGAGAGGGAGAUGUUCAUUGAACAGCUGAAGGACAUCAUGGAUAAAGCAGAAGACAUUCUGAGUGAGGAUGCAAAGGGAGAGAAGGGCUCCGUCCAGACAUCACCCCUACAUCAUACACCUGUCACAAGAGAAUCUGACCCACAGAGAGUGAAGUCUGAGGAAAAACUGUCUAACCUGUUGGUCUAUAAACAGAAUGUGCUUCACACAGGAAAACGCUGGUUCAUCAUUUGUCCUGUGGCUGAGAUACCCACACCUGACCAGGAAGAGACAGCCAAGGGCCCUCCUCCUGGGCGUGCUCCGUCAGUUACAGGCCCUCAGGCUGCAUGUACAGUGGGUGUUUCUAUGGUUUCUGACAUCCCUUGCUGCCCCAUUUCGCCACCAUUAUCCCUGGAUGUUACUGCUCAGAAAGCAGAUGAGACUCCACAACAGCCAGUAACUCAUAACACCAGCCCCAGCACAGAGCUACCCUUGAGCCAGACACAACCAGUGGUAAUGCAGCAGCCAUUUGCCACACCCACUCCACAAUCGUCUGUUAUUAGUGGCCAAUCACAGCCUCAAAGUCCCACCCAUCAGUCCCAACAAGCCAUGUCGUCCACGCCAGGAAGUGCUGCAUCUCAGGUUCUGUCAGUGGGUGGGCCGGGUGAAUCAGAUGGGGAAGGCCCACCACGACUGGAGUUCGCAGAUCGAACUAUAAAGACUCUUGAUGAGAAACUCCGUAACCUUUUGUAUCAGGAAUAUCACCCUUCUCAAAUCACAAGCUCUGCGUCUGACCCACCUGGCUCACCUCCACUGUCAGACAGCCAGGGCAGUGACACUUUAAGAAGAGCAGAAAAACUGCCUCAGAUUCCAGAGAGGUCUGAUAGUUUGGGCACCUUGAGUGACUCUGCUGUUGCCCCCUUUAAAAUAAUUUUUGCCAGAAAAGACACUUCAUGCAGUUCUGGUUCACACACAUCCAAGAGCCACUUUCAGAUUGUGCCCAUGGAUUUAGAUGUGUCUUCCCAUGUAGAGUUGAGCAAAAAGAGUUUCAGCAGUUUAUAUAAUGAAGGAGAUGAUGUGUUGGAUGUCAAAUCUCCAGCUGACCCCCUGAAAGCGAACGGACAGAGGUCCACAACAAAGUCUCAUAGCAACCGAUACUCUGCACCUCCUGACUUGUAUCAGGAGAUGCCUGCUUCCUUUUCAGUGGCUGGACCCACAUCACCUCGUGUUCAGAGCUCGUUUUCAGCUGAUGGGACAGUGCACCAGGGGUACUGUUUGUCCUCUGACACUGGUGAGGAGGAUCAGACUGAGACUUUAUCCAUUAAACCCUCUUCUUCUGCUCCUGCCCCAUCAGAACACGGUGGCAGUGACUUCAUGAAGCGAGCAGUGGCCUUCCUUCGUCGCUCAGGUAACAGCAGUAAUGUCCAGAGCUCUGAUUCGCCCAGCUGUUCUCUUGCAAAUGGACACACCCCAUCGGUUGGUAGCCGAACCCACUCUGCAUACAUAAGUAGUGAUAAUGACUCUGAAUUUGAAGAUGCUGAUAUAAAGCGAGAGCUACAGAAAUUAAGAGAGAAGCAUAUGAAGGAAAUCUCAGAGCUGCAGGCUCAUCAGAGAGAAGAAAUCGAGGUUUUGUAUUCUCGGUUAGGUCGGCCUGUUCCACCCAGCUUGGGCUUUUUGCAUGCAGUGCCCCCUACAGGACGCCGCCGCAGAGCGUCCAAACACAAGCUAAGAGGAAGUCGACUACUCAACCCCAUGGUGCAACAACUGAAGAGCAAUCAAAACAACAGCUCUAGUGAGACGUGUUCCAGUGUUUCAGCUUCUCCGGUCAAGAGCUCGGUUCUGGAUAACGGCUCUGUGGGUACUAGCACACCCACGUUGAGUCCAGUAUCAGAACCACUUGAGCCAGUCCAAACUCAACAGCCCUGCUCACUGAAAGGCUCUCUCUCCUCAGACAACAUCUAUGGUCCCACCACACACACACAAGCCAGACAAGGCUGGACCGUUUACCACCAAACAUCUGAGCGAGUCACCUAUAAAUCUAGUAGCAAACCACGCACUAGAUUCCUCAGUGGACCUGUGUCUUUGUCCAUCUGGUCCACUCUGAAACGACUAUGUCUAGGCAAAGAGCGCAGGUCACACAAUACUAAUGCUGCUAGCAUAACUUCAACCUGCCCACAUUCCAGUCAGCAUUUGCCUCAUGCAGCCACACCCUCUCCAUCCCCUCUGCCAAUCACAAAACUCGUUCAGGCUCAGGCCAACAACAGCAACAAUAAGACCGGUACAUUUACAGAUGACCUGCACAAGCUGGUCGAUGAUUGGGCAAAAGAAACGCUUGCCUCUGGCUCUCAGCGCCACCCCUCUCCAGGUCGGAUCAGACAGCAGAGAUUUCAUCAGAACUUCCAGACCAACCCCACUCCAAUAAGAAGAGUCCCUAAUCAGAUAAGGAGCUCCAUCCCUCAUGCAGCUCUCAAGCUCCAUCUGCCACUCUCCUGUCCACUCACAGCAGCUUUGGGUCCAGUUAUGCCUCAUGGCAUUGCCAGCACCCCAUCACCCAUCUUCCAGCGGGGUAGUUACCUGAUGCCCACCGCCCCCUUCGCUGGCAUGAUGCCAGUCCCUGUGUAUCCAAAUCAGUGGUCUACUAUGCACAGUCCAGUUGGCACGAUCGGGUCAUUGGGAAUGUUUGCCACAGCUGGUAUUGUACCAUACCCUGCCAUGGUAAACCCAGCACUUCAGGCUUUUCCUUUAGUGGUAAAAAGCCCAGAUAAUCCAAUGGGCCCCAGUAAAACAAGGCCUGCAUGAGAGCGCCACCCUACGUUUCAAAAACGUUUGUGUAAGGCUAAUCAAUGCACAUGUGCAACCAGAAAAUCACACUAGCCCUAUCACAACUUCUUAUUGACACAAACAGGACACUGUCACCUAGCUGCCCCUGGAUGUCACCCACGUUUACAAAGAUUUUAAUUUAGCUUCAAGCUGAAACUACAAUGAAAUGUCACAUUCAGGUGUCCUCUCGAUUGUAGCUUGAUGAUUGACACAUGUACGUACAAAGCCUUAGAGCCCAUAAAUAUAAUGUGUGUGUGUGUGUGUGUGUGUGUGUGUGUGUGUGUGCGUGCGUGCGUGCGUGCGUGUGUGUUUGUAAAACUGAGCAUAAGGAGUGUGUUUUUAUGUCACAGAUCAGUCCUGUGGCCACUGCUUACAAGUUUCUUUUUCCAAAAAAAGAGACCUUUCAACUUUCUUAGUCUAUAAAUCUGUGUGGAACUGUGGUUGUUAAUGAUCCAGGACCUGACUUUUAAAUGUUACUGCCAUAAACCAGGAUAAUUUUCCCAUAAUUCAGUGUGCCCCUGAUUGACUUAGCAUGCAAACAAUAAACAGGAGGCUCUCAGGCCUGUCAGCAAAUAUGUGUUGUUUGUAAAACAGGACAAAUCUGUGUACAUGAAUUGUUGCAUUCAAUGUGCAAUUCAUGUAUUAUUGGGGUAUCUGCACAAACAUGAAUUCCGAUCCUGUAUCAUAAAUAAUGCCUAUCAGGCAGGAACAAGAAUUAGAUGUGCAAGUUUUGUCAUCAGCGUUUGAUCCUACUUUCAAAAUCUCCAGCCCUGUUACUUUUUAUGUUCAUUUGCUAUUAUUGAAUAACCCAGCAUUUAAAAACACUACUUUAAGACGACUGGACAAAAGCCAAUGCCCUGCAUAGUAAAAUAUUAAUUCUGAAGUUUUGUAGUGCCUUGAUGAAAAAUGAGACGCAUGUUUGCUUACACUAAAUUGAACACUUCAUAUUUUAUAUAUAAAUAAAAAGUUAUUGUGGUUUAAAAUUUUAGUAUUUGGGUUUUUGUUACUAACAUUGUACUCCUUUUAAAAGCAAUACUGUACUGAGUCAAUAAAAGUAUUAUAUUUGCAAAAAUGAUUGACAUGUUUACAAAGGGAUCGUAUACAAUGCAUGCCAUGGAAGCGUCCCAGAUAACACAUUAAUCGUGAGUGGUGUAAAUGCCAAGACUACAUUGCAAUCCAACCCCCUUAACAAACUGCAGCAUGGCCCUUCCCAAGAUAUGAAAGAAAACAAAAUGUACAACUAAUACUUUCUUGUACAGUAUGGUUAUGAGUAGAGAUCGACCGAUAUAUCUGUUUUUCCGAUAUUUUCCCCGAUGUUUGGCAAUUUUCCGAUGAUCGGAUAUCGGUUGUGUAAUAUUGGAUUGACCGAUAAACAAGAGAAUUGAGAAUUGCGCGCUGAACGCAUCUGAGGAGAGGAGCUGACAGCAGCAGCAGCAUGAACAGCAAAUAUGACGGCGGAGUGACGCGACUUCAUUAAAAUGACCUUGAGUAUACUUACUUUGCAUAUGAGGCAUUUAUAACAUCUUAUUUGUGCAUUAAUGUAUGUUACGUUAAAUAAGUUGAUAUAUUAAAAGCAAUGUAUGCAGCUUGUCCAAGAAUAGAGACUGGUCACGCUGGCUGAUCCAUAAAAUCCGGUCCCAAUAACGACGUAGCUUUGCAUGAAUAAAACAGACAUGAAUUAAUGCUUUGUGGAAUUAAAAACGCUAAAUUAAAUUCGUCUUUCUUUUAUUUAUGCUCAUUAGCAUAGUAAAAUCACCUUCAUAUUGCUGUUCACUUAAAGGCGCUCUAAGCGAAUAAUGUGCGACGUCACUUCCUGUUGAUGUUUGAACUGUUUUCAAACAGACAGAGCGUAGCUAACUCCUCCCCCUCCCCCUCCCUUCCGUGCUUUCAUGAACGCGCCCAACCCCCACCCCCAAAUCCUUCUUGUCGUUUAUUGGCUGGAACACUUUGUUAUGGUUUCUGUUUGUAGGUUUGGCCAUUUGUUGAUAUUGCCGUUUGUGAAGCCUGGGCUGUCUACAGAGAUCGCGUUUUUUUACAGUUUGAUCAGCGGACAGGCAGCAAGCAGAUAGUGAGGAGAUGUUUCCGGUAUGUAACAAAAAAUGUUUUAUGGUCUAAAACGCUUCAAUUCGCUUAGAGCACCUUUAACUACCGGGGUUGAAGGCUGAAGCACAGCCACCACAUGUAGCUAACUUUUAACAAGAUUUACCCUAAGUUAUAUUAACAUUUCCCAGAUAAACAUUAUUUUGCUAAAAUAUCUAAAUAAAUGUCUGUGGAUAUUAAUUAAUUAUUUAUUACCUCCGCAAGCGGUCACAGUUUGAUACAGUUAAUGCGCGAGUAAAUGCAUAGAUAAACAGUGCUGUCAAAAGCCAUUUCAUAAGAUAUAACAACAAAAUAUGAAUUAUUCUGACAUCAAAUAACGUUACCAGUUAAGAAAUUCAAUGAUAUUUCAGCCGUAUUGUUUGUUACACAUGUAUAUUCCAUUCAGUGAUAUUAUUUGUAAAAUCUCUUUGCUAACUACUGGUUGGAUUGCUGAACGCUACAGGUUGCUGGUCAAGACAAAGAUAUUAUAUCCCAAAAAAGGCACUUAAUCCACCUGUUUUACUCUACAAACUAUGUACAACAUGCAGCCAACUACGUUAUACUUCUCUCUCUCUCCCGCUCUGUUACCUGGCAACCGCAGCGCGAACUUUGGAUUAGUCCAUUUCUGACGAAAUGAUAGGGGUGUUUGGAAUGGUCCAUGUAUUGGGAAUAUAGUUUCUACAUUAUUCAUUAAAUUAAUAUUAUUCUUCACUCUUUCAGAGACCUCUAUUUAUGCCUUUGCAUGCAAAGAGGGAGUGAUUGUGAUGAUUAUCAUUAUUAUUAUAAGAGUUUGUUCAGUUCAGUAGUGUUGUAGUAAUUAUGUCAAAAUCAGAAGUAUAACAGUAAAUAAAAAUCGGUUCAGCAUAUCGGUAUCGGGCACAUAAGCAUUCAAAUAUUUGUUAUUGGUAUCGGUUUUAAAAAAAUGAGUUUAUUAUGAUCUCUAAAAAAGGUUGUGACCCUCAGAACUGCUGAGCUGUGAAUUGUACAGUCAUCUUGUGUCUUCUGAAUGCUUUGUUUUGAUCCAUUAUCUACCCUUAAAUGCACUUCAUUUCAGUUUGAACAGGAUAUUUACACAUGAUGUAAUGUUGAAUGUUCUGCCUGGUGAUAUUAAUUACGUUGUUUCUGUUGAUAAAUGCUGUAUCUGGCAAUUUUUUUUUCUUGCCAUUAUUGUGGCCCCAUGUGUCGGUUUGGUUUUUCCUCACUUGGCAUAAUGUGAAUGACUGCUGACUACACUCAUAUAUGCAUUACUCUAAACAAUCUGCACUCGAAGUUGAAUAAAAAUAAA